GCUUCUAUUGUCUCGUCCCUGCUACACCGGAGCACAGCUGCUGAAGAUGUCGGACAGGAGUCGCCUGAGAAGGAAAGAGAAGCAGGAGAAGGAGGUGGCCAAGGAUGCACCGGCGCCCGAGGCCAAUGGAGCCGGCGCGGCCGGCGAGGCGGCCGCCACCAACGGCGACGUGGCCAACGGGCAAGACGAAGCCCCGCAGGUCGAGCAAAUGGAACUACCUCCUUUUGAAAUCAUCGCAGGGGACCGGAUCGAUCCCUUCAUGUUCAAGUUCCAGUUCAAGAACGUGGAAUACUCGUCGGGCCGGAACAAGACCUUCCUGUGUUACCUGGUGGACCGCGGCUCAGCUGACGGUCUGCUGAGAGGCUGCCUGGAGGACGAGCACACCGGCACCCACGCCGAGGAAGCCUUCUUCACACAGUCCCUGACAGACUACGACCCGGCGCUCAAGUACACGGUCACAUGGUACGUGUCCUCCAGCCCCUGCUGCGCCUGCGCCGCCAAGAUCACUGAGGUGCUGAAGGCCAGGAAGAACAUCAAGCUCAGCAUCUUUGCCGCGCGUCUCUUCGAGUGGGAGGACGAAGGCAUCCAGGCGGCGCUGAAGGAGCUGCACGCUGCCGGCUGCAAGCUGCGGGUGAUGAAGCCUCUGGACUUCUCCUACACUUGGGACACAUUUGUUGAGAACGAAGACCAAGCGCUGAACCUGUGGGAAGACUGCAAGGACAACUACGAGUACUACCAGGAGAAGCUGGCCGACAUCCUGCAGUGACCAGGAGACCAUCGCUGGAGCAUCGCUGCUGGUCCUCUGUUGGAGACCCCACGUUCAAGCUUUAGUGCAGUUCUGCUGCUGGACGUUGCUUUUUGUCAGUCAUCUCAGUGGCGUCACUCCUCCUCCUCCUCUCAGCUGUGGCCACUGGUCUGCUCUCUCUCUCUCUCACACACACACACGCUUUGUUUCUCAUGAUGAGGCCUCAUGAAACUGUGUCGCCGGGUUGAUGAAACAGAAUCCUCAUUUCCACAGGCCACUAGAUGGCGCUCCUGCUUUAGAAGUAUCAUCGAAUGGUUGCUGGAGGGCAAACGGUCCACAGCAGACAGCGCCGUCAGGUGGCCUCUGAGCCUCAGGACGCUGCCUCACCAACCCACCACUGGUUUUUAUAUGCAGUUUGGUCUGUGAGCGUGAGAUUCCUCGCCUUGUUCAUGUUCACGUGUCGCUCAUCACAUCAGGAGAGAAUCUGCACGUUCAGCCUUGAGGUGGACAUGACAGGGAGCACCUCCCCUGACAUCUGCUGCUCAGCUGUGUUUCCACAGGUCCCACUCGGAGUGUGUCUAAACCCUCAGAUUUGCCUCCACGCAGCUGCUGUUUCAGGAUCUUUCCACACACUUCACGCUCUGGUGUUCUUGAGUCGUUGGCUAUUUUUGUUUUUCUCUACCUUUGGAUAGGAGUUGAUCGAAAGCGGGCGCCGCCAACUCAAAAGUGCAGUUGUCCGGUUUGCCGUGUGUGAUGCGAACCCUGCCCCGGGACAUCUGCGCCUAAACAUUAUGACUGAGUGACAACGGUGAGGAACUGACACUCGCUUGUUGGACCGCCUCUCUGUACCCUGCUCUGCCAAUAAAGUG